AUGUCCGCUCCCCUCCUCCCUUCUUACAUGCCCCAAUCCCCCGGCAAUCCUCGCGUUGGUUCGCCUUCCUCUCCAUCGCGCUCCUCCCCUAGUCCAAGGUCCCCUGCUCGACCCAAGGGUGGGCGAGCUCGCUCUUCUUCCCCAUCCAGAAGCGGUUCGUAUCCCCAAAGGCCUGGAUGGCGGGAAGCUGGCGAUGAAGAAAGACAAUUCUUGGCCAAUGCCAGCAAGAAUGUUGAGAUAUCUGCCAACGUACCGGAGAAUAAGAAGGCAGGCAUUACAUCCAACCCGGUCGUGAUCAUUCCUAUAUGGAUCGCCCUUUCGUCCACUGUGAUCUUGUACAACAAAUACUUGUACUCUAAUUUGCAUUAUCCAUACCCUGUAUUCAUUACUUCAUACCACCUUGGAUGUGCCGCUAUCGGUACCAGGAUUUUGAAAGCGACCACACAUCUUCUCGAUGGAUUGGACAAUAUUGAGAUGACAAGGGAUCUGUAUCUCAAGUCAAUCCUGCCUAUCGGAGUGCUCUUCUCGGGCUCUCUCAUCCUCAGUAACACGGCAUAUCUAUCUCUCAGCGUGUCGUUCAUUCAGAUGCUGAAGGCCUUUACGCCCGUGGCCAUCCUCCUUAUAUCGGCCGUUUUCAGAUUGCAGACCCUCAACUCAAGACUAGUCGGCAUCGUGUUCCUAAUCUCUGUCGGGUGUGCGCUUGCCGCCUAUGGAGAGUUGCACUUUGAGAUGUUCGGUUUCUUAUGCCAGGCGAGCGCAGUCGCUUUUGAAUCAUCCCGCUUGGUGAUGAUUCAAAUCCUACUGCAAGGCCUCAAAAUGGAUCCCCUCUGCUCCCUCUACUACUACGCACCAGUCUGCGCGACUAUCAACGCCCUCUUCCUACCUUUCACCGAAGGUCUCGCCCCACUCCAGGAGUUUUGGCGAGUGGGCUCGCUGAUUAUGCUGUCCAAUGCGGGAGUUGCUUUCGGCUUGAACGUAGCAGCGGUGUUCUUGAUUGGUGCUGCGGGAGGGUUGGUGCUCACACUGGCCGGAGUUUUCAAGGAUAUCUUGUUGAUCUCGUCGAGUGUCAUCUUCUUUGGCAGUACCAUCACGCCGGUUCAGGUCUUUGGCUACGUGUUGGCGUUGGCGGGUUUGAUGGCCUACAAGUCUGCUAGCAAGUAA